CCAAGGAAGCCAUUCCUUUCUCCCGUCCUCUCCCAUCGUUUUCCGAUAUAUAAAAUCUUCCCAUAUUCCGAUUCCCUUUCCCAAAUCCUUUCAUAAUAUAACAAAACUACCCAUGGCUUUGAGCCCACCUCCCCACACAACCAACGACCGCCGCCAUGCCAGAACCUUCCACCUCUACUGGUGCCACCAAUGCCAUCGGACCGUCACCCUCGCCUCCGCAGAACCGUCGGACCUCACAUGCCCACGCUGUUUCGGCCACUUCGUUGAAGAGGUCCACCUCCCCCUCCCCGAACUCGAUCCUUCACCGGAGACUCGUUUACUCGAAGCUCUCUCACUAAUGCUAGACCCACCGGUUCGUCUCUUCAAUUACCGACACCCAGACCCGGACCGCCGCCGUCCACCGCUGCAUAGGUUCGACGAUUUUGACAGGAGAUCAUUUAGCGAUCCGGAAGGAGACGAAUGGCUGCACUGGCGAACACGACGGCGCAGUCGAAGCCUGGACGAGAGGGACAAUUCCGGCCGACAACCCCCAAAUCCGAACCAGUCUCGAACUGUCAUAGUUCUCGGUCCCCCCGACCAGUUUCAGCCGAUUCAGCCCAUAAUACCUCGGAGAGCCAAUCCAAGAGACUACUUUACCGGGCCAAGACUCGACGAAUUAAUUGAAGACCUGACGCAGAACGACCGGCCAGGACCGCCGCCUGCAGGGGAGGAGGCGAUCGAGAGGAUACCGACGGUGAAGAUAGCGGCGGAGCAUCUGAAGAACGACUCGCACUGUCCAGUUUGUAAGGAGGAGUUUGAGGUGGGGGGAGAAGCAAGGGAAUUGAGCUGUAAGCAUAUAUACCAUUCGGAGUGCAUAGUUCCGUGGCUUCGGCUUCACAACUCUUGCCCAGUUUGUAGGCAAGAGAUACCGCCAUUGCCGCCGGAGAAUGGAGCGGCGGGGAAUUCUGAAACUGAAGUACGGAUCGGGAGAGCAUGUACCAGGUGGUGGAAUCGGUUGGUGUCUUGGCUAUUUCGGAAUAGGUAUAGGCAGAUUAGUCCUUCAAGUCCACCGAACCGCUUCAAUGCUUCUUCUCAUCCAGGUGAUGUCUAAUUUAUUUUAUGGGCUCUCUUCCUUAGCCCUUCUAAUGCAAAUAACUUGGAUUUUUCUUCGUUAGGAAUGUAAAUACGUGAG